GUUUGUGUUUACAGCAGCUUGGCUUUUUUAUCACCUUGUUUGACCACAAACUACGCUCAACAAUAACCGUAAAUAAGUUUUAGAUUUUUUCCAUUCUGAUAUAACUAGCUUGUUUAAUUUAGAGCCAUCCCCACGGUUAGCAUGACGGUUUGGGGGCUAACGAGCUAUCGACAAGCUGGCUAACGACGUCGCGACGAAGUUAGCCAGCAAAGGCAACCGACCCCAUCGGCUAACUCUCGGCACACGUCCAGCGGUUAGUACAGCUUGUGCGGUAAUUCAGAACCGCCGGCCAGGAAGAAGUGCGGCCAUGGGUGCGGAGAGCAGUGGGCUACGGGGCUGCACUCUGCUGGGGGAGCCGCUCAUGACCCUGCCCUCUGGACUCMCCAUGUACUCCGCGGUUCUCCGGGACGGAAAGCCCGCCUCUGUGUUUGUUCACAAGCGGGGCAAUGAAGAUAAAGUCAACAAAGCUGCCAAGCAUCUGAAGACGCUGCGGCACCCGUGUCUGUUGCGCUUCCUGUCCUGCUCCGUGCAGGAUGGUGACAUCCAUCUGGUAACAGAACAUGUGCAGCCUCUGGAGCUGCUGCUGGACGGUCUCUCCCCUGAGGAAAUCUGUGCAGGCAUCUACGACAUCCUGCAGGCACUUGUCUUUCUGCAUGACAGGGGUAAACUGAGCCACAACAACGUCUGUAUUUCGUCGGUGUUUGUCAGCGAAGAUGGUCACUGGAAACUGGGAGGGAUGGAGACUGUGUGCAAGUUCUCUGAAGCAACUCCUGAGUUUCUCCUUAGCAUUGAGAAAGCCAGAGAGGCGAGCUAUGUUCCUCCUGAAGAGCAGGUCGAGGACUUUAAAAUUCUUCCAGACAAUCAUGCUCAUGCUCGAGACUGUUACUCUUUUGGAAUGAUGGUGGAGGCUCUCAUCCCUCUCCUGAAUGAUUACGUGUCACAGGAGCUGUCCAACAGUCUGACAAAAACUCUGCAGGCUGGCCUGCUGAACUCUGACCCCAUGGCUCGACCAUUACUUAGCUCCUUACUGACUCAUGACUUUUUCAGGAAUGACUUUCUAGAAGUGAUGAAUUUUCUGAAGAGUCUCACCCUGAAGACCGAAGAGGAGAAAAAUGAAUUCUUUAAGUUUCUUCUAGACCAUGUCCAGACACUUCCUGAAGAGCUGAUAGCUGCACGUCUCAUUCCCAAACUUCUCAACUCGCUUGUUUUCGCAGAGCCGAUGGCAGUCAAGAGUUUCCUGCCUCAUCUUCUAAGGCCAAAGAAAGAUACCAGUCAUGGUAGUAGCAGUGAAGAUUGUCUGCUGUCUGUGGCCCUUUACCGUAAACAUGUGAUACCUCAGCUACUAAAGCUCUACAAAGUCAAAGAGGAACAUGUUCAGAUUGUGCUCUUGACUCACAUCCACCUCUAUGCUGAGUUCUUCUCCCACGAUGAACUUAAAAACCAGAUCRUACCUCAGAUUUUGUUAGGAAUGAGAGACACAAACGAUGCUCUGGUUGCCAUGACCCUGCAGAGUUUGGCGGUGUUGGUUCCUCUGCUGGGGGCUCAGGUGGUGGUUGGUGGGGAGAGAACAAAGGUCUUUAAACGCACCACUCCCAGUUUUACCAAGUCUGCAGAGGUCACCCCUGAAGCUUCUCCCGUCCAUAUAGUUGGAAGCUCCCACCUUCAGAUGGCUCAGCCUARCAAAGCUUUAAAUUUCUUUCCCAGACCAUCGGGAACUGAGGGUUUGGUCCUCAGUCACAUGGAAAACUUGGCAGAUACUCGACAAAAACRAAGAGUUAUUGUACCAACAUCAGAUGUCAGUCAACAGAUGUCUCUACCCUUGAACGGCUUUCAUCAGGACGGUGAGACGGAGCCAUUGUCACACAGUUCAGAACUGACGGACAGACUAGAGGGCCACGUGGAAGACUGGCCUGACUGGAGUGACCGUGAGGAUGGUGAGAGAAGAGAAGGACAACCUGUUGAAAUUCACAUUCAGGCCUCAGAAGCUGUUGGUUCAGUGAGCAGCAGACUGACACAGGACAACACAGAAGAGGAGCCYUGGGAUGACUUUGAGGACACUGAACCCACCUCAGAUCUGUCCCCUGCAGCUCCCUCCACAGACUCAGUCACUCUGCCUCCCAGAGAAAGCGCCACUCCAUCUGUUAAACACACUCCUCAAACACUGAAACUUAGUUCCUCUAAACCCCUUAAACUGACAACACUGCAUCAGUCGCCACAAAGCAAGAGUCCCCCAUCACGGGACAGUUCCUGGGAUCAAAAGAAGACUGAUUCUCCGACAUCUCACAAAUCUGCAGUGCCACAGAUGAGUAGAAGUAAAGGUCUAGGGGAUGAGUUUACCAUCAAGGUCAAGAAAAAGGCAAAAAUAGACCCAGAACUGGAUUUCUUUGCAGAUAUGGUGCCGAACAUUAAGUUGUCAUCUUUAGCUGUACUGCCAAUAGAGAGAGGUGACACAAGACCAUCUGGAGCCUCGCCAAAAACCACUCAAUCUGUAGAGCUGGACCCGUCUGUUGAUACUUCAACACUUACUGCCAAGUUCGCAGCAGUCAACAUGUCUGAGACUGAACCAGACGGCUGGGGAGACGCAGACUGGGAGGAGAGCGGCUGGUGAUGUUCGACACAAAAAUCCAUCCGAAGCAAAGCAUUUAACCACUGGAGACCUUUAAUCCUUGUACCACAUCUGGAGUGCCACUUCCCCACAGAGCAGUAAAAUGGAAGUAACUUCUUGUGUAAAGCAAUGCAGUAAAAACAGGGAGGGGCUCUUUUUGUUUUUUAGAGCUGCUGACCUUGGAUCAUCAGUACAUUUAACAUAAGACCUUGCUUUGAAUUAGAGGGAGAUACUGUCCAAUGGUGCUGGAUUUAGACACAGAAAGCCAUUUGUAAUUUGUUUGCCAACUGACAAUAAUCAUAAAGAUGAUAAAGAAUUUUAAAUUGAA